CGGACGAAUUACUCAGAGGUUGUGAACGUGAUUCUGUUUCGACUUUCGACACCUGUAGACUGCAGUGACAAUCCACCCUCUUCCCAUUAAGUGAGGAGCUGGAGGGGAAACGAAGAGAAGACAAACGGCGCUCAAUAAUAAACACACCAGAGGCAGACGGGAAGAUCCUCCGGUCUCGUCCUCCCGCUCCCUCGCUGGCGUCUCUCUAUCACUCUCGGUUACUGUUUAAACACUAGCUGGAACUCAUGCGAAUUCAUCUCUGAGCCCGAACUGACACUCCUCCUCUUCAUCCCUACAAAUAAUCGAGCAUCUAGUCUAUUUGUCCCUGCGAUGGUGGUCUGCAAAUGCCGGAAGGCUACUAAAUUGUAUUGUUUCGUGCACAAGGUUCCUCUUUGUGGGGAAUGCAUCUGCUUUCCAGAGCAUCAGAUAUGCGUGGUUCGUACAUACUCCGAGUGGGUUAUAGAUGGAGGGUAUGAUUGGCCCUCUAAAUGCUGCUCAUGCCAAGAUGUUUUAGACAAGGGUUCUGGCGAAACAACUCGGUUGGAUUGCAUGCAUGUAAUACACACAAGUUGUUUGGUUUCACAUAUAAAAAGCUUUCCUCCACACACUGCCCCAGCUGGAUACGUGUGCCCAUCAUGUUCAAUACCGAUAUGGCCUCCCAAAAAUGUUAAAGACUCGGGAUCUCAUUUCUAUUCAAAACUGAAGGAAGCUAUUAUCCAGACGGGUCUAGAGAAGAACUUGUUUGGAAACCAUCCAGUUUCUUUGCCGCCACCACCUCCUGCAUUUGCGACAGAUCCAUUGGUUUCUAUUUCUCCUUCGUCAUUGUUGGCAAAAGAUGAUCCAGGUGACUCGGUUGCGGGAUACUCAAGUGUCUCUGGAAUGAUGCCUUCUAAGAUAUCAAUCCCGGACAUUGUGGAGAUUGAUAGUCCAAGUUCGGUAGCAAAUUAUUUAAACAAUUCUAGUCCUGCUUUUUAUUUUAUAUUUUCCUGGAAUCAGCCUGUUGCAACUACUAGAAAAGGUGGUAUCCAUGUUGAGAGGCAAAAUUCAGAAAUUUCAUACUAUGCAGAUGAUGAAGACGGGAAUCGAAAAAAGUACAAUCGAAGGGGUCCAAUCCAACAUAAGUUCCUCCGAGCAUUGCUCCCCUUCUGGUCAAGUGCAUUACCAACUUUACCAGUGACUGCCCCUCCCCGUAAAGAUGCUACAAAUGGUGACGAUACCCCUGAAGUCCGUACAAGGCACCAGAGACCAUCAAGGAUGGAUCCCAGAAAAAUACUUCUCUUCAUAGCAAUUAUGGCGUGCAUGGCGACCAUGGGAAUACUGUACUACAGAAUUGCACAACGUGGUUUUGGGGAUGAGUCAGGUGACGAGCAGCAGUAAGCCUUUUUCCAAAGGUUCGAUGAACUUCAACACCCGUCAGUUGUAUUGUUAUACACCUUGCCAAAUAUAAUAGUGCAUUAAUUUUUGUUCUUCCUUUUCAUAUGUCUCCUCCAAUGUUUGCUGCUUGUCUAUGAGUAAUAUGUAUGAACUGUGGGAGAUAAAGGAGGCGAUUUUAAGUGCUAAAACAAUCUUCAGCAGUUCAGACUCGUUUUCUUCUUUUUUAAGGCAACUUAAACUUUCUUUGUCAUCUUUCUUGUGUUCAUUUUUCGGGGGAUAGAUUGCCUUGCUAACCCUUUAUAGCAGCAACCCUUUAUAGGUUGAAUUGGGUGAUCGGAUUAGGUCAAGGAUCAGAUAAUUUCUGUUUGUAUUUCCUUUUCUUUUGCGAUUCUCUUUCAAGUUGAAUCGGCUUAUUCUGUAGUUAGUAACUUAUUAUUCAUUCAGCUAAAAUUUAGUGAACGUCGCCCUAAGAUUACUUUUAUCACCCUAACUUAAAACAUAAAAU